AUGGCACCAAUACUUCAGCUAUCAACUGCCGCCCUCUCACUCUGCGUUUCCCUAAUCGCGUGGCUCCGAUCCAAACCAAGCAACCCAUUCUCCACAGCAGACAUCGAGCCUUUCCAUAUCAGCCACUACCUCUCCAACAACACGAUCAGAUCAUGGGAGCAAGGCGUGUGGACACAAGCCCUCCUCGAAGUCCACAACCCAGAACUGACCGUCUUCGCCACGAACCCCUUUCCCCAUGGCCGUCUACCCAUGGUCCCAUGCGAUCUUCACAGCGUGCCCGGACUCGCUAGUGCUGCAGCCUACACACAGGUCAACGGCACACUACUGUGCGAUGGCGGUGGCUCACCUGCAGAUCCCGCAUCCCUAGGAACUCAAGCGGUCUUGCUCUCCUCCAGGGAUCCCUGUCAGACACGCCCAGCCUUCCCAUCGGCGGAAGCAUUUCGAGACGCCGCAAAAAGUCAAGCCGAGUACCUCCUGCAUAACGCGACCAAAUUCCACAUCAACGAAACCCAUGCUGCGACUUCCCAUCGGGACGAGCCGCCUGAGUUGUGGGGAGACUUCGUUUACACGGUGCCGCCGUUUAUGGCUUAUUAUGGUGUGGCAGUUGAGUCUGCUGAGUACCUAGACUAUGCUGUUAGGGAAUGUCAGCUAUACAAUGAGGCACUGGCUACGGAUGUUAGAUUGGCAAGCGGUGCGCAAUGCUCGGGGCUGUGGCGCCAUAUCGUGUCUGAGCCGAGACAGCUACCCAAGGAUGUCUGCUGUACCGACCCCUACGUCUGGCUCACAAGCAACGCGUGGGCAAUCGCAGGAAUGACGCGUGUCCUAGCAUCACUGAAGCCGUGGACUACCACCAGGCUGCGCUCCUGGUCUGAUGACGGGAGAAGCUUCGAUAGAGACGCUGCUAUCGCUUCCCUGACAAACAUAAUCAAGGACAUGCUGAACUGCCUGAUCUUGCAGACUCGUGGAGAUGACUCAGACCUCCUCAAGAAUUAUCUCGAUGGUCCUGGCUCCGCCUCCUCCGCAUGGGCUUUUGGGGAUGCUGCUGGGACAGCACUCGUGACGUCGGCCGUUUAUCGACUUGCCACGCUUCUGCCUGAGGUGUUUGCAAAACCAGAGUAUAUGACGUGGGCAGACCGUAAUUUGUUUGCCGUUGCUAAGCAUGUUCAUCAAGAUGGCAGAGUUGGGCCAGUUGCGCAGAUCAAUGGAGUUCCAAGCACGAAGGCUGUUGACACGACUAGUGAGGGCCAGAGCAUGGCAUUGCUGCUGUAUGCUGCCAGGCGGGACUUCUUGCGGGCACGUGGCUGGCUGGGUAGACUAGGUCUUUGA